AUGUCCUCCUCUGCUGCUACUGUUGCUCAAACAGCCUCUCCUCUUCAACCUUCGACGAUCUCUGCCUUGAGGCAGAUCAAAGAAUGCAGACCUGAUGUAGUUACAUACAACUCUCUUAUCUCGGGACUUUGUAACGCAAGUAGAUGGGGUGAGGCUUUAAAGAUGGUGAGGUGUAUGAGUGAGAGUGGUCUUAGCCCUGACGUGUUUACUUUCAACGCGUUGAUUGACGCUUUUGUGAAAAGAGGGAGUCUUUUGGAGGCUGAGGAGCUUUACAUGGAGAUGGUUAGAAGGUCUCUGGAGCCUGAUGUUGUUACUUACAGUUUGCUUAUCGAUGGGCUUUGUGUGUACAGUCGGUUAGAUGAAGCGGAGCGGAUGUUUGAGUAUAUGGCUAGCAAGCGCUGCUUCCCUGAUGUGGUGACUUAUAGUAUUCUCAUUAAUGGGUUUUGCAAGUCUAGGAAGGUUGAUUAUGGGAUGAAGCUCUUCUGCGAGAUGUCUCGGAGAGGGGUGAUUAGGAAUGUGGUGACUUAUACGAUUCUUAUCCAGGGGUAUUGUUUAGCUGGAAAGGUUAAUGUUGCAGAAGAGAUUUUGAGAAGGAUGGUUGGUUCUGGUGUGUCUCCUAAUAUUGUCACUUACAAUGUUUUGUUGCAUGGUUUGUGUGAUAAUGGGAAGGUGGAGAAAGCGUUGGUGAUGUUGGAGGGUAUGGAGAAGAGUGGGAUGGAGGGUGAUAUAGUUACGUAUAAUAUCAUCAUUCGCGGGAUGUGUAAAGCUGGUGAGGUUGCACAUGCUUGGGGUUUGUAUUGUAGCCUUAAUCUGAAAGGACGUGUGCCUGAUAUUUGGACGUACACUACGAUGAUGUUGGGGUUGUAUAAGAAAGGCUUACGGCGUGAGGCUGAUGUGUUGUUUAGGAAAAUGAAAGAAGAUGGGAUCUUACCAAAUGAAUGUUGUGUGUAGUGAAGCUUUAGUUAGGAGUAGGUGAAUCAGGUUUAGUAACUCAGGAGAGCUUGCAAGAUAUUUUAUAUUCGAGUCAGGCUCCUUCCUGUGAGGUGCUUGCCCCUGGAAAGAUCACGCAGAUCUUUCAAAGCCGAGGUUGGGAUACUAUGAGAUGAGCUAACACAUGUUCACAGUUAUUAAGAGAAACCAUAGAGAUCUCAGGGGACUUAUUGACGACAGAGAUUACAGAAUCGAAGCUCGCAUCAUAUAUGUAUCAUGUUUCUCUCUUGGAGGAUGUUUUCCCUUGGAAUGAAAAGCUCAGGUCUCUCAAGACCAAGUUGAGAUUUUAUGAGAAGCGCUGAAUCUAUCAGAUAGGGCCAGGUUAUCUAGAUGUUGAAGGCAUGGACCUACAAAGAACUUCUCUAGGAAACUCAUUACAGGUUGUGAUAGGUAUGUCAAUUUUCUCUUUACGAAGUAUGAAGGAAGUUGAUAUUUCCUUUGUUUUAAGUAUAGUUGAAGGUUCAUGGAUAUAUAAUAUAUCUAUGUCCGUUGUAGGUAUUGGUAAACACAGCCGUACGGCACAAGUAAAUUUAAACGUUGUAAUUUGAAGAAAUACAAGUGUUUCAUGUG